CUCUUCUUCUUGCACCUUCUUGAAAAGCUGAAAUCCACUCUCUCUCUCUCUCUCUCUCUCUCGCUUCCUUUAAUUCAAACUUGUUUCUCUAUCUAGGCUGUCUUCAUUUUCAGACACUCUCUUUCUAGGUAGAUAGCUCUUCUGGGCAGUGUUUUUACCGCCUAGUCAGAAUGUUUCAAAAAAAAGCUGCCAGCUUUUAACACCAACCCAACCUGUGGAGCUCAAAAAACCAUCCUUUACCACUCUCUAGCAAAUGGGUUGUUCUCUUUAAUCCCCAUUGCAUAUUACAUAUUCACAAGGAGAGGUCUUUCAUGGAGUUCUUCCGGUUCCGAUGCCACUCAGAUCACAAAACAGAGUGUUAGUUUAGACCCUGAUAUUACUUCGCGGCGAGCCUUCCAGCACAUUGCAUGAGCUUGUCAGCGGAACAAAAGAAAAGUGGAUGCAAUUUUGGAGCAAAAAUGCCAAAUGACGAGAGUGCCCCCCUGCCAAAUUUCAAGCCCAAGAAAUACUCUGAGCUUUUAGAACACAAGCUUUCAACUUGCAAGUCCUCGUCUCUUUUCUUCAGCCAAUCUUCUAAGCUCAACAAAUGCCGCGAUCAAGGGGCUCCGAAAUGGUUCAGAGGCCGUCUCCUCGAGGAGCACAUCAGCUCAGGACUUCAAGCUCUGAUUCAGAUCCACUCCAUCAUCGACCAAUCACUGACCGAAGUCCAAAGCUAGGAGAUCGUCGCUCCCCAAGAGGUACACAAUCUGAUCCACUAAAUCAAAAGAAGCUUGGAACCCGCCUUGCUGAUUUAGAAUCGCAACUUGGGCAAGCACAAGACGAGCUAAGGAUUUUGAAAGAGCAGUUGGCUUCAGCUGAGGCUGCAAAGAAAGAAGCCCAAGAGAAACUGGAAAAGAAAACUAAGAAACCAGUUGUGACUUUAGAGCCAGUGAAAAUCCAUGAAACGCAUCCCUCAUUGGAGAUUCAAGAUUCUAACAAAACAGACAGUUGUAUCUCUGAGGAAGUUCCAGAUGACUGCCAAAGGGAAACUGAUGUUUUCGAAGUCCCCGUGGAAAACGUCACAGUUGAGCCCAAGGUUGAACCUAGCGAGACUGAUGAAGUGGAAGAAGAAACCAAACCAGUUGAUAUAUCAGCUGAACCACCAUCAGUUAUGGAACCAGAGAAACUGUCCUUACAUGACCUGGCUUUGAAGAAUGAUGAGAUAAACAUGCUAAGAGCUGAGUUGGAAGAGAAGGCGAAGGAGCUAGAGGUGUUUGGUCAAGAAAAUGAGGGUUUGAAAAAUCAGCUGAAUGAGGCAGCUUUAAAUUUCUCAUCUGCACAGGCAAAGGACAAGGAAAUGACCUUGAAGUUAAGCCAGCUUGAAGAAGAGCUGGAAGCAAGUAAGACCAGUGCAGGCCAGUUGAAUGAGAAGCUGCAAGCAAUGGAAGGAGAAAAGGAAGCAAUGGACGCUGAGAUGAAGAAGAUGAGAGUACAGACAGAGCAGUGGAGAAAGGCAGCAGAUGCUGCUGCAGCAGUACUUUCUGGGGGUAUGGAGAUGAAUGGGAGGAUUUCUGAGAGGUGUGGCUCCAUGGAUAAGCACUUUGGUGGAGUGUUUGAGCCACCAGCUGGUGGCUAUGCUGGCUUUGUUGGGUCACCUGCUGAUGAUUUGGAUGAUGGAUUUGGUAGUGGGAAACGAAAGGGUUCCGGGAUAAAAAUGUUCGGUGACUUGUGGAAAAAGAAGGGCCAGAGAUAGAGAUACCUUUUUGCAUCUCUUGGCUCCCAUGCUUAACUUCAAAAAUAUGUUUCUGUUAAUGUGUUCGAUGGUGGCAAAACAGUUCCUUACUGUUUCACAUUCGGUAGGCAGUGUACUUCAGACUACCGUCUUAGCCACUGUUUUUCUUAGCAUUUUCUAAGGCUUUGUAUAAUUGUUUGAAAUGAUCUUGACAUGUUUUAUUUCAGUUUAUGAGUAAGGUUUUAGUAACUCUUUGCUAAUAAAUGGGACAUUUUGUUGUUGCCUUA